CUGUGUGACGGCGUUCCAACCUGGAUUUCCUGCCCGGCUCUGGCGGCCACGGAUGGCCGGCAUAGCCCGAGAGGUGAGGACACGACGUGUUCGAAGUGAGAGAGUCCAGCCAGGGACUGCAGCCAGAGAGAAAGGCGGGAGCUCGGUGUUCCUGAUUUACAGCUUCGCUGCAUCAAAGGAGGGAAACACAUUGAAGAGCUCAAAGCUUCUCGUAGGAACAGAGUUCUGCCAGCAGCUGCUGUGGCAGAGGAUUGGAUGCUUCCAUCAGGAGAAACCUAAACUCUUGGAAGUGCUUUUCCAGUUGCAAAGAAGGCAUUUGACUGUGGUGCCCAUCCCUGUUUUAUAGCAUGAGAAGAUGACAUGGGAGAUAGAUGUUUCUGAGAUAAGUCAGUGAGUUAAAAGUCAAAGUUCAGUUUUUAAGUUCUGUAAGACAGCAGUUAUUUCCGUCGAGAGUGAAGAGAAAUCUUUUCUUUAAAGCUUUUUCUCUUGGAUUUUAUUACUGGAAAACUCUCUAAUGACAACUUUGCUUAGGAGCUGAGUGUUGUGACCUGCCCUACUUCUCCCUGCUCGGUGUGGGAACGACCUGAAGAACGUCUUGGAGCCACCUGUACUGCUUCAUGCAGUUAAAUGUUCUGAGGUCAUGAAACUUAAUCCACAGCAAGCUCCAUUGUAUGGUGACUCUGUUAUUACAGUACAGCUGACCGAGGAAGAUAAAGUUGAAGAUGAUGUAGUUUUUUACUUGGUCUUCACUGGAUCAACUGUCCAACACUGCACAAGCACGAGAAAGAUUAAUCCUGGGAGUCUGGAGACAAUUUCUCCUGGCCAUGACUGCUGUGAGACAGUGAAGGUGGCACUUUGUGCCUCUAGAGAAGGUCACCCCGUUCUGGUUGUGGCAGAAGAGAGUUUCCAGUUUGUCCAGGACGAAGCCUACGAUGCCGCCCAGUUUCUGGCCAGCUGUGCUGGCAACCAGCAGGCGCUGAAUUUCACACGCUUCUUGGACCGGUCACGGCCACCUGCUGCAGACGUGGACUUCUUGGAUGAGAAGGUGGCCUUGGCAUUUCGACACCUGAAGCUGCCUGCAGAAUGGAACGUGCUGGGAGCGGACCAGUCCCUGAGCGAGAACAUCCCUCGGGAGACUCUGAUGCAUUUUGCGGUGAGGCUGGGUCUGCUGCGGCUGACGUGGUUUCUGCUCCAGCAGCCGGGGGGAAGAGGAGCUCUCAGCAUCCACAACAACGAAGGGGCAACGCCUGUGAGCUUGGCCUUGGAGAGGGGCUACCAGAAGCUGCACCAACUUCUGACAGAGUCAACAGUGAAAACUCAAUUAUCUCACAGCCUAUAUUGUAAAAAUGGGAUGUGCAAAUUCAUCCUGUAACUGCAGCAAGGUUCUCCAAGGUGAGACUAACCACAUUAACAGGCUUUACAUACUGUCAGGAAGCUUAAGCUGGCCAAAACUUGAUUAUAGAGCUCACAGCAAAUACAGCAACCCAAAUGCGAGUAGAGCUGGUAAUUUAAAUAAAAAUGGGAAGUAAGCAAAACUAUUACAACAGCUAUUAAUGUAUUUGGUGAAAUAUUUCACAACUGGCUCCAGUUUUGGAAUGGCAGUUCUCACUUAGUGGAAUGAGAAGAGGAAUUGAGAUUCCUGUGCCAUUGGCUUUAAGGAAUGCUGCUGGCCCAAUCCAUGGCAUUUCUCUGAUGACCUUUGCAGUUUGUCUUUGAAAAUAAGACAAGCAGUUGCAGAAAUGUUACCAUCAAGGUCCCAAUUCCUGUUCUUCUUGGUAUGUCCUUAAACUGUUGGUUGUGAUUUGUUUUCCUCUUGGACUGCUGGGUAGAAAUAAAAUAUAUAAACAUCUGACAGCCAUGCCACAUGACUGAAAACUCUUCUAUUCCUGUGAAGCCCUACAAACAGAAGUCCAUGGGUGCUGGAAAUCCUGGUUCCCUUUCUCAGUGGGUGGAAUGGUGGUGGAGCAUUGGGAUUGACUGGAGCAGUGACAUGGGGAUGGCCACAGCCCUUCCCCACAGGAGGGUGAUGGUGACAAAAUGGGCACAUCCUGAUUCCCCAGCAGUGAUUUUUUUUAUUGUGCUGAGCAUUUUCUGCAAUAAGAUGGGAUUGAGCCUUGAAAAUCCCUGUUGGGAGGAGAAAUACUGAGCUGCAAAACACAGAAAACACAAAGGACACUGUACAACCUCCUUUCUGCACUCUGCUAUGCUCAUGCUGUAUAAUCCAUGCACACAAAUUUGGCACACAGCUCGUCCCACUCAGCAAAACACAGAGCAGCAACGCAUGUUAGUGAGGGCCCCUACAAAGGAGUCAUUAUUUUUACAAGUAAUUAAACUGCACUCUGCCAACUAAAUGAAUGCAGUGUAUUUUGUGAUGCAUUAUCCUUGGGGGGAAUUUAUUGUUCUCUUGCUUGCUAAUUUGCAGGACCAUGCUUUCUACAAUGAUUCUCCCAGCCAGCAUUGGGAAGGGGUGAAAUUUUGCCAUAAUUAGGAUACAAUUAUUAAAGAGCAGACAUAAAACCUUCUCCAUUGUUGUAGUUUUGCCUUGGUUUGUCUGCAAAGUAGCUUGAUUCAACUGCAGUGUAAAUAUUUUUCUCAAAACCUAAUUUCACUAGUGACAUUUUGAAUUUCUGUUUAUCUGAUGAACUUUCCCUUCUCAGCUUUUGCAGUACUUCAUGUAAGAAAAAUAAAAGAUGCUUCCUAUGUAAGUUUUCCAUCCCUGGAAGUAUUCUGUUCUUGGGUGUGCACUGGCUUUUCAUCCUCAGACAGGAAAGGUGCAUGGACUGGUUCUUCUGAGACCUGAGCGAGGAGCUGUCACAGAGCCCGUACACAUGGGAUUGAAAGUCAACAGCAGCAUCCAUUAAUAAAUAUUCAUAUAA